AUGAUUACGGUCUCGACUCCCAGAAAAAUUUUGUUCUUCACGAACAGCGAAUACGGACAAGCCAACAUCAUUCUCUCGGUCGCUCACGAGCUCUGUCUUCGUCCAGACGUUGAAGUACACAUUGCAUCUUUUCCCGUGCUUUCACACCGUAUCAAGGAGCUGCAGGAACGUAUCCAUGCGACUGGCAGCACGGCGCGAGUCUACUUCCAUCCCCUCAGGGGAAUAUCUCUAAAAGAGGCUCGGAUACGCAGAAUCGGAACCAACACUCCCACCCAUGCACCCAGUAUCUCUGGCGCUCUCCGGAGUUUUAGGCGUCUACCGUACUAUGUUGCCGAAUGGUCUGGUCCAGAGUACAUGGAACUGUAUGACAGCUGCGUCGAGAUCAUCCAGGAUCUCAACGCACAUGGGAUCGUGAUUGAAUACUUCCUGAGUCAAGCUAUAGAUGCAUGUCGUUUCUUGGAUCUGAAAUUCAUUAUCAUGACGCCAAAUGCACCCAAGGACAUCAUCGGCCGUAUCCAGCCGUACGGAUCGAUAUUCUGGAAGUAUCCGGUCAUGUCAUCCGGUAUCCCGUACCCCAUGUCGUGGUACCACAUCCCGAAGAAUACCUUUCUCACCUGCGCCAUGGUCUACUUCAUGUUCUCUUCCCCGAAAAUCCAGGAACUCGUGCAAUACCGUCAGAAGCUUGGUCUCAAUAACACCAUCCCUAUGUUCGAACCAUACAUCGCCGAUGCACAUUAUCUGUGUCCUGCCACCCCCAAAACCGAUUUCCCUUGUGUCAUUCCGGACAAUGUGACGUUGUGCGGUCCUAUCCUUAUUCCAGCAGUCCCAGUGAAAGACAGAGACCCGGAGCUAGCCAGUUGGCUUGACAGUAAACCGACUAUUCUUGUCAACUUAGGAACACACGCCGUCUAUGAUGAGAACAAUGCCUGUCAACUUGCGACAGCUCUACGCAUCCUGCUCGAUUACGACCACCACGUUCAAGUUAUCUGGAAGCUCAAAGCACAGGACGACGUAAAGGCGUCCUUGCAUGAUAUUCUAGGGAAUUAUACGGAGAAGGGGAGCGCGAGGGUGAGAAUUGUUGACUGGCUAGACGUUGAACCAUUAGCCAUCCUCAGGCAUCCCAAUGUCGUCUGCACUGUCAAUCAUGGCGGGGCGAACAGUGUCUAUGAGGGAAUUCACACCGGUAUCCCUCAAGUACUUCUGCCAAUGUGGUACGAUUGUUAUGAUUAUGCAGCGCGCGUUGAAUGGCUCGGAAUCGGUGUUUAUGGUAAUAAGAAAUCUGCGCCAGGAGUAGAAGCUUCUGAGCUUGUACGCGCUCUUAUUAGGAUAGUCGGCGAAGGUGAUGAAGCUGCACGGUUCCGAGCCGCGGCAAAAUCUCUGGCUGAGGACACUCGAAAGUACUCUGGGCAGGUCAUGGCAUGCGACAAGAUAAUGGAACUGGCGCGCAUGAAGUAGUUUGAAUGGAAUAGCGAUGGUGCAACCCUUUCGUAGGUUUCAAGGACAUUUGUAGAUUAGGGAUGUUGCUUCUGUGUCUGAAGAACAGAGACGAGAGAGACAGGAUGACCAGAACAGAAAGAGACGCAUUACGCCAAGGGA